GUGUGUGUGUGUGUGUGUGUGUGUGUGUGUGUACACACAACACAAGAGAGCGAGCGCUUAUUAUUUAUCCAGGAGGAGCAGCACGCACGCGAGCGCCGCGGUGAACUCUGUGCGCCUCAAGUUUGCUCCCUUGAGCUCUGCUACCUCGAGCACUUACGCGUGUGUAUCCAGACAAAGGGAGCUGAUGCGCGUUUUUUUGUCCACGAGGAAAAUGUGGAUGAGGUCAGCGGGAAGUGUUUGCAGAGAGAUGCAUCCGCCGCGCACUUGAUCUGACCACACAAAAGAAGAAGAGCCCCGAGCCGCUUACCUGCGUGAACACACCGCGGACAGACACGCACGUGUGCCGCUGACUGAGCGACCGUAGCCGCAUGGGGUUUGGGAAGAAAUAACGGCUUCACGGAGACAGCUGCUGUAACGUUAGGCCUCUCCGCUAAACUCGCACUCGCCGGACGCGGUCUCUCAUCCACCGGGAGAAAUGGGUCUGAUUUUCGCCAAACUGUGGAGUUUCUUUUGUAAUCAAGAACACAAGGUGAUUAUUGUGGGUCUGGACAACGCUGGAAAAACCACUAUCCUUUAUCAGUUUUUAAUGAAUGAGGUGGUGCACACGUCUCCUACAAUUGGCAGCAAUGUGGAGGAAAUAGUGGUGAAGAAAACUCACUUUCUGAUGUGGGAUAUUGGUGGUCAGGAGAGUCUCCGCUCCUCUUGGAACACAUACUACUCCAACACUGAGUUCAUCAUACUGGUAGUGGACAGUACUGACAGAGAAAGACUAGCCAUUUCAAAAGAAGAGCUCUACAGGAUGCUAGCACAUGAGGAUCUGCGCAAAGCUGCAGUGUUGAUCUUUGCUAAUAAGCAGGACAUGAAGGGUUGUAUGUCUGCAGCAGAGAUUUCCAAAUAUCUGACUCUGAGCUCCAUCAAGGAUCAUCCCUGGCACAUCCAGUCGUGCUGUGCGCUCACUGGAGAAGGGCUCUGUCAAGGUUUAGAGUGGAUGACUUCGAGGGCUGGGCUCAGAUAGCCUCUGAUUCUUGUUGGACUGAUUGACAGUUACUCCCACAUCCUCUGGUGGCAUCGCAGGCUCAUCCCAUUGGCUGCUUAUGUUUUAUUUUUAAUCUCUUAAUCAGAAUUGCCACUCUGCAGCUGAACUUCCUGGACACCUACCUCAGCUGGGAUUUUUCAGUUACGUGAAUCUGGUUUGUCGGUUAAUACUAUAUCAGGAACGAUUACAUUUUUGUACUGGGUGUAAAACAGAAGAUCUUUUAAAGUCUGAAGUAUUUGAACUUCUAGAGAGGCACUGCAGUGCUGGUAUGUUUGUGAGGAGGGACUGUGUUUUUAACACUCUGGCAGUGGAAUAGAUGUUCUCCAGAUAAGUAUAUUAAGCUAAUUGUGUAUGUUCUUUAAAUCUACUGGGAAGAAAUGAUUUGAAUGGUCAAAAUGUUACUUUUUCACACGGGGAUUCUUUGGGUCAGUUGUUGUCAAUGUUUUUGGGGUAUUAAGUGUUCAAAGUGCCAUUGGUACCCAGCAACACCACUACAUAUCAUGACACCUGAGCAUAUCACAUAGUACACAUUACCUCAAUCAUUAGUUACAGUAGAGGGUGCUGUUACCAUUUCAGACGUGGCUAUCACAGCUUGAAAUGUCAUUUAUGUGACAUUCAAUUUAAAGGAGGACACCAGGUAUGAUGUUUUUCCAGCAUUUAAUUUUUUAAAAUGGCACACAUUAAAAAGCAGCUCUUGGCUGGAUUUACUGUGUGUGUGUGUGUGUGUGUGUGUG